UAUCCCCGCCCCCAACAACCUCGCUGCACUCCACACUCCACGCCUCCGCCCGCUCUCGUCGCAGCGCACCCCGUCGCGUGCGACGACUCCAUCCCCGUCACAACAAUGUCGUCCCGCCGAGACGUCCUCGCUGUUGUCCUCGUGGCCGCGCUGCUCCCGCCGGCGUUGUCCCGUGGGCUUUGGCUGGGGCACCACGGGCUGGGGCACGGGCACGGGCGAUGGCGCGCGCCGCAUGUCGGCGGACACGGCCAGGGACAGGGGCCGCAGCAGCACGCGCCGCUCGGCGGCGGCGGGUGGUCGUCGGCGCACGCCACGUUCUACGGCGGGGGUGACGCGUCGGGCACCAUGGGAGGGGCGUGCGGGUACGGGAACCUCUACAGCCAGGGGUACGGGACGAACACGGCGGCGCUGAGCACGGCGCUGUUCAACAACGGCCUCAGCUGCGGCGCGUGCUUCGAGGUGCGCUGCGACGCCGGCGGCGGCGGGAGCCACUCGUGCCUGCCCGGCUCGGUCGUCGUCACGGCCACCAACUUCUGCCCGCCGAACAACGCGCUCCCGUCCGACGACGGCGGCUGGUGCAACCCUCCGCGCGCGCACUUCGACAUGUCCCAGCCCGUCUUCCAGCGCAUCGCUCUCUUCAAGGCCGGCAUUGUCCCCGUCUCCUACCGCCGGGUGGCUUGCCAGAAGAAGGGCGGGAUCCGGUUCACCAUCAACGGGCACUCCUACUUCAACCUGGUGCUGGUGACCAACGUGGGCGGCGCCGGCGACGUGCACGCGGUGGCCGUGAAGUCGGAGCGCUCGGCGGCGUGGCAGGCCCUGUCGCGCAACUGGGGCCAGAACUGGCAGAGCGCCGCGCUCCUCGACGGUCAGGCGCUCUCCUUCCGCGUCACCACCGGCGACGGCCGCUCCGUCGUCUCCAACAACGCCGUCCCCCGUGGCUGGUCCUUCGGCCAGACCUUCAGCGGGGCCCAGUUCAACUGAUUCCGCUCAAUUUUACUCGAGCAUCGUCGUGGUAGUUGCAGUAGUACUCCCAACUGGACCGUGCUGGGAAGUGCCAUUGUUUUAUGAUUGGUACUCAGUCUCGCCUUGGUUCUUGGGAAAGUAUUUAGUGGGUAGUUUGGCCUAGUAUCAACAUGGGCUUUGUGCUGGUGUCACUGCUAGUGGUAGUUUGUUACAAGUACCAUUAGUUGAGCUUUUGUGGUAUCUUUUGGCUAGGGAUUGGAAGUGGUGGUAAGGCUGUGGCUUGAUUGACAGAGGCCGCCUUGUAUCACCCGCCAAAAUAGCAAAAUUGGGCCUAAUGGGAAUGGCCUUCUGCUAGUAAUGGUUUUGCCUGGUUGUUGUCUGUACCGGACCCCAGUACCGGACCUCAUUUUGGGGGUGCCAAACAGUUUAGGCAUCUGGGGUAUGCCCUGUGUGCUGCUUAUGAACAAUUUCUUUUUACUCGUGCUUCUCUUAUGCGGGAGUAUUAAUGCAUUUGAAUUCAAUCCA